ACUACUAAAAGUAACAAUCACAAUCGGAAUAAAAAUAAUAUAAUUGUCAGAAUCGUCGGCGAAACGGUGACGAAAGCAUUUGGCGAUAAUGAAACGAUAAAAGACACAUAUGUUUCUCUCUAUGAGGUUUGGACAACGUUGCGUGGGCUUUGACUUUGUCUGCUGUGCGAAUUGAGACAGUACGGCGUAAGAGCUCUGCCGAACAGCUGACAACUAUCCGUUGUUCGUCGCCCGCAAUCGUUAUCCGUCAUUAUCCGGUUAUCCGUUAUCGAGUUGUUCGCUUAUCUCCGCUCACGGUUUGUCGAAAAUUGAAAAUAUUACGCGUCUCAUCAAGCAACAAUGUCAGUUCAGUUUGUCAAAGCCAAACAUAUUGUAAAACCAUAUUUCUUAUUGUCUUUGCAUUGGAUGAUAACAGAAAUAUAAGACAAAUAGAGCUCGAAAACUCGUAUUCAAAUGCUGAUGAAAGAAAGGCGCCCUCAAAACCCGUUCCCAUCGUCUUGCAUAAUUAAAGACGCCGAAUAACACAAAAAACGCAAAAAAGCCAAAAAAUCAAAUACGAAAGAAACAAAAUAAAAAUAACAAACAAUAUAAAAGUUGUCUGUGCGUCUUCUGAACUGUGUUUUGUGGUUGUUCGGACCGUGUCAACGUUCCCGCUCCGCUAUUAGCGCUCCGAACUCAGCAAAUUUAUAUACAAAAACAAUAAUAAAAAAAAAAAACAAAAACAAUAACCGCGAGACCCCCCUCGGCCCCAAAAUCCGAAGCCCAAUCCCAAUCUCAAGCACCGGCUAAAUCAUAUAAAGCGGGUCUACAAAAUGCCGCGUUCGCAUUUCACUAGAAGGCAUUGUCUAGCGAUGACGGGCGGAUUAAUUGCAUUGGCGCUGCUGAUCUUGUGCCUCACACACACCACGGUGAUCACGGGUAAAAUUACCGAUCCCGGCACCGAUGAGUCUACCCUUGAGCUGUUGCAUGUGGUUUUCCGACAUGGGCCACGCACACCGGCGGACACAUAUCCAAGGGAUCCCUAUGUAAAUGAAACCUACUAUCCAUUUGGCUGGGGACAAGUAACAAAUAAUGGCAAACGCGAGCUGUUCAACAUUGGGAGCUGGCUGCGUAAGCGUUAUGGCAAAUUUCUGGCACCCUACUACAGUCCCGAUUUGUUGCACGCACAGGCAACGGGCGUGCCACGCACACACAUGACCAUGCAAACGGUUUUGGCCAGCUUCUUUCCACCGAAAGGCACGGCCAUGGAAUGGAACAGCAAAUACAAUUGGCAGCCCAUUCCAGUGUUCUCACAGGAGCUGAACGAGGAUACGUUGUUGCUCGUUCGCACACCCUGCCCUCGAUACUAUGAGGCACUGCAUGAGGUAUACGAACUGCCUGAAGUUAAGGCUGAAAUUGCACCAUAUUUGGAUAUGUACAAGGAGCUGGCCUCCCACACUGGACUCAGUUUCAAAGAACCCGAGGAUGUGCAGUCCCUAUAUCUCACUUUGCUGGCCGAGCAGGAAUGGGGACUAGACUUACCCGAUUGGACUAAGGAAUACUUUCCCGAGAAGAUGCAGUUCCUAACCGAGCAGAGUUAUGUGUAUAAUGUGUACACGCCCGAAAUGCAAAAGAUAAAGGCGGGUCCGUUCCUCAAGAAGAUGUUCGAUGAAAUGCAACAGAAGCGUAAUGCCACAUUGAAGCCCGAUAAACGGAAGCUGUUCAUUUAUACUGGUCACGAUUCGACAGUGGUCAAUGUGCUGUCUGGCCUCAAGAUCUGGGAACGUCAAUUGCCACGUUACUCGGUGAUGGCACUGUUCGAGCUGCACAAGAACAAAGACACCGGCGAUUACUGGGUGGAGAUCUAUUUCCGCAAUAAUCCUAAGGCGCCGGCUCAAAAGUUGACUGUGCCCGGCUGUGAUUUCCAGUGUCCGUUGGAUAAGCUGCUGGAGUUGGCCAAGGAUGUGGUGCCCACCGAGGCAGAUGCCAAUCGUUGUGAUGCCCAAAAUCAACAGUUCACAGAGCCACCACUACGCGGACCUUAGAUAUAAAAUGUAUUAGAUGAUAGGAACCAUAUGUCACUUUCUUCUGGAAUCUUACAGGUGCUACAAACACAAAACUCAGGGAGCUUAAAGUUUAGUUAAGUCAACAACUAGUUUUUAGUCUAGCAAUACAAUGCAAAAACUUAUUAAAGAUCAAGUCGCAAUUGUCCUUCAUCCAGUGUUUG